GAGCAGCUCCCAAGGUCUUUUGCUCUCCGUGAAUAUCGUUUGUCUACACUAACGUGGCGAAGAGGAAGCCCGCUGAGAAGAGAGAAUCAUCAACUGUGGUGCGGAAAAGCAAAAGUAACUCUCCUCCAACCUCCCCUCCCUCCGCCCUCACCGCAGAUGCCCUACAGCUCCGUCGGUGGUUUCCCACCUCUACCAACGCAGACCGCCCGCGGCUCCGUGUACGAGCCGAAGCAGACGAUUUCUUAUAUUACUUCACAGCAUCCGCCACGGCGGGCCGUGAAAGACGCUCCUCCACGAGACAAGGACAACGUACAGUUCCACAACGAUGUCCCGCAUCCCGGUGGCCCUGCGACGCAGACAGACGCCUUACCCUCGAUUGUGGCGGCCCUUCCUUCGCCCUCGGCUACGGGCGGCUCUUCCGACCGGGUGGCGGGGCGGAAUAGCAGCAGUCAACGGCAGGGCGAUUACAGUGUCUCCUGUGAGUUUUCGGGCAGGGAAGGCAAUCCGUGGUCCGGUCGCACGACGAUCGCAGAGCUGGAAGACAGGCGGCUGCACAACUCCGACGGGGUUGCAGCCUUCCGCCCCAUUCGCUACAUCACGCUGGCGGCAGCGGAAGUUCAGUCCACGAGCACCGCGGCAAUGUCGGCCUUUCUCCCCAUCUCUGUCGAGGUCUCCUCGUCGACGGCGGUGAAACCGUUAUUAGAGCCGUUUGUGGACGCGCAGGAGCUUGCCCGGCAGGCCUCCGAAGAGACGUGGCACACACGUCGCCUGCGCUACUUGCAGUGGCUGCGCAAAGGUGCACUGACCGCCAAGAAGAAAGAAGAGGAGAAGGAGGGAAGGGAGAGGAGCGUUUCGCCAGCGCUGGGUGAUGUCUCUUUGCACGUGUCCUGUCGAUCCAUGUCCAUGGGCGCGGACAGCGUCUUUUCCGGUCCUCCGCGCAGCGCUGCACCGCUUUCGCCGCUAGAGCGGGGGUCGACCUGGAGGGGCGAUGCCUCGGACCGCCUCCACGACCCUGAAAGCACCUGUACCUUUGGAAAGUCGGAUCUCAACUUUCUGCAAGGAGGUCGGCUCGAGGAAAACGCAUUAACCAGGUUUCUGCCCAUCACCUACGCCGCAAACCCCAACGAAGUGGCGGUUCGUCAAAUGUUCCGCAUGGUGCGUGGCCCUACUCUUACCCCCAUUUCUACGCCCACAGCUGCUUGUAAGGAGGCGGUGGCUGUCAACGGCGAUGAGGAGGAACACACGACAACGGCAGCGGUGUCGCCAGUGACCUCGGGCCACAAAAUUGACGUGCCUCUGAUCGACGAUGCGCAUUCAUUUGUGGACGAGGAUGGCUUUUCUUUUAGUCCGACGCAACGGAAUGAGUCGGAGAGCAACGAGGAAUCCGACUCGACUAGCACCGCGCCCAAGCUGACGGCGGAGCCGCCGCCCGAGUACGCUGUGGCCGGUCUGCUACGACAACGAAUGCACAACACCGUCGCUGUCUUCACCGCGUCCUCCACGCACACGUUGGACACGCCACCGCGAAAAACAACGCGCGCCAUCUUUGGACAAGCUCGUUUACGCAGCGACGUGAAUAGCGAGGGCAAUGCCGAAGCAGAGCGAUGGAAGAUCUCCGCUGCUGCCCCCGCCUCUGCGACUUCUUCGGUUAUGCCGGACAGGCUCGAUGACGGGGAAACUCCGGAAAGUUGUCCCUUAAUUGUGCUCUCGCAACAGCCGCGCACCCUCGCGCCACAUGUGGCGCGCCGCAUCGUCUACGAGGAAACCUACGAGCGUGGUUUGCUGACGCAGCUCGCUUUCCAGUCGUCGCCGACGCGGUGGUACUCCACAGAUCUGCCUAGCGGCGGAGACGGCAUCGCCUUCCGGGGCGUGUACGCGCCAACGAUGCUGCCAGACGAGGCGCUGGAGAUGCGGCUGAACAACGCCACGUCCCGCAUCAUGCAGUCUAUCGCGCAGCCGCGUUACGAAGCGGUGCAGGCGAUCGCAGCGCGGGAGAAGCAGUGGACGGACUCGCUCGCCGCCCUUCAUGCCGCUCCCCGGCAGGGGGGACCUUCCUCCUCGAGCGAGCGGGCAGCUGUCACGCCGAAUACCAACAACACGAUCGACGCCGCACCUGUUACGGUGGAGGAGGCCGCGCGGCAGAAGGAGUUGCUCUUUAGGCAAUGGACACGACUUCACCGGAAUCUUUCUGCGCAGUGGCAACUUUUGCAUGAGGAGCGGGCGGAGCGUCUUUGUCUUCUCGGUCGCUUCGUAUCGUGCGCCUACCCCGAACCGUGCAUUUGCCUGGAAUGCGACCAGGAGGUGCUGAACAUGUCCGCCAUCCCGCUCGAGCCGGCCGUUCAACCGCUCUGCUGGUUCACGUCGGUGGUGUUGAGUGAGCACCACGACGUCUUGCAGAAGGAGAUGCUGCGUCAGCAUGAAGAGGGGCUGGCAGCGAUGUACGAGGAGUUUCGCCUGCUUUUCAUUACCACCUAUACGCGCGAGAAGCUGCUGGAGGAGGAGGCGCGGCGUUUCCAGACGAUGAUGCGUUACCACGCGUUCUGCCUGCGCGUCGCCGCUCAGAAUGCGUCUGCCGACGAGACCGGGUCUCUUCACGGUGCUACACCUGCUCCGAACCUCGUGACGGAGGCAGCGUUCAGCGGAACUGUUGAGCUGCCCACCGGUGCAGAUCCGCGGAUGUGGAGACUGCGGCAGCGCCGCCUGCAAGCCUUCAAGGCCUUCGACUCCCCCUUCUUUUCCUAUCUCGUGUACACCGAGAUGAGCACCAUCAGCUCAGCCGAGGAGCAGGUACGACAGAUGCUGAUAGGAGAGGAGGCGACGGCGCGAAAGGAGCUCGCAACGGUCAUGCGAAUGGAUGAGCGGUUCAGCUGCCUUUUGGCGCUAGAGCGUCUCGACCGAUCGUGGAUCUCGGCGGAGAUGGUCGAGUCCCACUCUGCGAUGAUGUCGGGGCCGCUGGUGCAACUGCACGCCGCCCACCUAGCGGAGCUGCGUGAAAAGGAGGCUGCAGCGUACGCCAAAAAGUGUGCAGAGGAGCGGCAGGCGUUUGAAGACGCCGCGGUUGAGGCGACGCACGCGAUGGCGGAGGCGGAGUACGCCACCUAUAAGAUCCUCGUGCGCGAGACACGACAGCGCUUCCUGACUCUCUUGGUGGCCGACCGUGCGCCGGCGGACUCGGUCGAAGUGUCGCGCAAGUGGUUGCAUGAGCAGCGGCAGAGCGUGCUUCUGCGAGCGGAGCAGCGACUGCGCGACCAGCUGGUGUUGGACGAGGAGCCGUCUGCCUUUCAGCAACUUCUCGACUCCGCGGUGGAUUCUUUCCGUCAAGUGAAGGAACGGGAGGCGCAGCGGCAAGUUGAUGAGCAGGCGGAGGCGGAAGCGGCCGAAGCCGAAGCGGCGCGUGCGACAGCCCAGGCACGUGCUCGUGCCACGGCCGAAGAGUUGGCGCAACUGCAGUGGGAGAACAUGCUGAUGGACCCGAAACUGCUGUCCGGCGCAAAACCUCCUGCGAGUGACGCGAAUGAUUUCACGCCACUGACGAUGUCGUUAAAGAAAGACUUUGCGUUCUUUCUUUCCGCCCUUGAUUGA